GGGCCCUCACAUUACGUAACUCACACGCACAGGACGGCGCACAAAUAAUGUGAUUUUAUUUUAUUCCAAUUUUUUUCUACCGUUUUUCGAUUAUACACUUUUUUAGGAUUAGUAUCGUGAUAUUGUUGUAGUUUAGUCGCGCGGCUUUUUUACUACUUAAGGUGAACAUGUCGACAAACCUAUACAUAAGCUAGUGUAUUGCGCAAUAACAGAAGAACACGGCAGGAUGGGCAGUGAUUUUGCAAGAGGAAUGAUAGAAGAAUGUGUUAACCUGAUCGAUCAACCGAAAUAAAUACAUCCUAUGAUGUUGAUAACAAUAAAGAAGAAACGAAAAUCGUGAAAAUUCAAUUGAAAAUUUUCAUUGUUAUUUUCGUGAUUCAAACAUUUUAUAACUAGUCAAGAUUUUUUGGAGGGAAUCAUGAUGACUGAACGCGAGCGGGGCGAAAGAGACUACAUCGGCUUCGCGACUCUGCCGGAGCAAGUGCACCGGAAGUCGGUGAAGAGGGGGUUCGACUUCACGCUCAUGGUGGUGGGCGAGUCGGGACUGGGCAAGUCCACCCUCAUCAACAGCCUCUUCCUAGGAGACCUGUACAAAAAUAGAAAAAUUCCCGAUGUUCAGGAUAGAAUAGAAAAGACGACGACGAUAGAAAAGAAAACGAUGGAGAUCGAGGAGCGGGGUGUGAAGCUUCGUCUGACCAUCGUGGAUACCCCCGGCUUCGGCGACUCCAUCAACUGCGAGGACUCGUGGCGGGUGUGCUCGGCGUACGUGGACGAGCAGUUCCGACAGUACUUCACUGAUGAGAGCGGCCUCAACCGACGACACAUGCAGGACAACAGGGUGCAUUGCUGCCUGUACUUCGUCCCGCCUUGGGCACACAGUUUACGACAAGUCGACUUGGAAAUGAUGAGGAGGCUGCAUCGUAAAGUUAACAUAGUUGUAGUUAUAGCUAAGGCGGAUUCCCUCACGGCGGCCGAAGUUAGGCGGCUCAAAACACGCAUACUUAACGAUCUGGAGGAACAUCAAAUUCAGGUUUACCAGUUCCCUGAGUGUGAUAGCGACGAAGAUGAAGAAUUUAAACAACAGGACAGGGAGUUAAAGGCAGCGGCGCCCUUCGCGGUGGUGGCGGCUGAUACGGUCCUAGAGGUCGGUGGAAAGAGAGUCCGGGGCAGGCAGUAUCCUUGGGGAAUAGUUGACGUGGAGAAUCCCCGCCACUCGGACUUCACUAAGCUGCGCACGAUGCUGAUCUCGACGCACAUGCAGGACCUCAAGGACGUGACGCAGGACGUCCACUACGAGAACUUUCGCGCGCAGUGCAUCUCGCAGAUAUCGCAGCACGCCAUGCGGGAGAGAGGAAAACUGAAAAGGGAUUCCAUGGGCAACAAUCCAGAGAGCAUAGUUAUUACCGACACCGACAGACUAUUGCUGCAGAAGGAUGAAGAGAUUCGACGAAUGCAGGACAUGCUGACGCAGAUGCAGGAGAAACUGAAAGCUUCCGACAAAAAACACGACAGUAUUAUUGAUGUGUAGAUAAGAAUUAAGAUGUGUAGGCGAUAAUAUGUAUAUAUAUUGUAUCACAAUCAGGGCCCCCGCUACCAU